UUGGGACUUUUGCUCAAACUCAAUGUAUUUUGCACCAUCUACAACUGAUGAGCUUCUUGUUUAUGCCUCUUAUGGAACCGGUAAGGGAAGCGAAGUUAUAGAGAAGACACAUAUCUUCUGUUCUGAAAAGUAGCACUUCCAGAGUUUUCUUAUGGCCUGAUGCUUGAUUUUGGAAAGCUGCAAUAAAAGACCAGAAUAAGGAGGAUCUUUAAAGGAACUUUAAACUUGGCCAUGUUAUAUAUUUGCUCACUGAAAAAUGUCAUUUGCAUUCAUAGAGGGCUGCACGCUGGGGCACUGUAUGGCUUAUAUAUCCCAAUUUCUGGAAGUCAGAUGUGUAUCUUUGGAAAUACAUAUGGCAAAAGAUUACACCAGAUAUGACUGCAUAUCCUAGUAUAGCCUAAAGGAAGGACAUGAUGUCAGAAUAACAUACAAAAAGUUUGUGAGGGCACGUCCAGAAAACCAUGCAGUCAUCAGGGCACAGGUUCCGCGAUGUCGAGCACCACCCACUGCUUGCCGAAAAUGACAGCUACGAUUCGUCCUCCUCAGAGGCCGACAUGGCAGAAAGGGUUUGGUUCAUCCGCGACGGCUGCGGGAUGGUCUGUGCCAUAAUGACGUGGCUUCUGGUCGUCUAUGCAGACUUCGUAGUGACUUUUGUYAUGUUGCUGCCUUCCAAAGACUUUUGGUACUCUGUGAUCAACGGUGUUCUCUUUAACUGCUUGGCAGUGCUAGCUUUGUCAUCUCAUCUGAGAACUAUGCUAACUGAUCCAGGCGCUGUACCCAAAGGCAAUGCCACUAAAGAAUAUAUGGAUAAUUUACAACUGAAACCAGGAGAAGUGAUCUACAAAUGUCCGAAGUGCUGCAGUAUCAAACCUGAACGUGCACACCACUGCAGUAUUUGCAAGCGAUGUAUUCGGAAGAUGGAUCACCACUGCCCAUGGGUGAAUAAUUGCGUGGGUGAGAAAAAUCAGAGAUUUUUUGUUCUGUUUACGAUGUAUAUAGCCCUAAUUUCAGCUCAUGCGCUCAUACUGUGUGGGUUUCAGUUUUUCUCCUGUGUCCGAGGGCAGUGGACUGAAUGCAGUGACUUCUCCCCUCCCGUAACUGUGAUCCUGAUGAUCUUCUUGUGCCUUGAGGGUUUUCUGUUUCUCACUUUCACUGCAGUCAUGUUUGGCACCCAAAUUCACUCAAUAUGCAAUGAUGAAACGGAGAUUGAAAGACUGAAGAGUGAAAAGCCAACGUGGGAGAGGAGACUACGUUGGGAAGGAAUGAAGUCUGUUUUUGGGGGGCAGCCUUCGCUCCUGUGGAUCAAUCCCUUUGCAGGAUUUCGAAUCAGGAGACUUCUCUUGAGAGCAAAGAAAGGAGGACCCGAGUUUUCUGUUUGAGUUUAAUUAUGCUGGAACUUGCAAGAAUACUAUAUAAUAUUUAUUUGGGGCCAGAAAGGCUGUCUGCAUAUAAUCUGUGACCAGGUGAAACUGUUAUCGGACAUUUGCUUGUAGCAAGCAGAGUUUUAUACGUUUGUCACAGACAUCUCAUUAACUUUCAGAGACACAAACUGGAUCUGUAAUGGUCUUAACAACAAGAUGACAAAGGAAAAGCACGUGGUCACACUAAAGAAGCCAAAUGUUGUCAUGCUACUGUAAUUUAUUUUAUGAGAUUAAUUAUGCAUUUUUGUUAAAACCCUUUUUAUUUGGUAAUGUUUGGGGACUUACCUGAGUGUUUUUAUAAAAAAUUAUGUACUGAAGUGCAGUUGUCAAUCAUAGGAAAGAGCAUUAUUGUGAAAGCUGAGCUCAGAUGAGACCCAGCUUUCGAAAUCCAGUUUUCAGGGAAUAGCAGUUUGUUCAAUUUUAAUUUAUAUUUCAACUUGUCCUAAUAAGCAGAGCUGUACUUGUGUCCCACUUCAGACACACAUUCCUCAUAUGCAAGUGAUUCGAGGGACUUGUGCACAUGGCAGCAUACCACGUCAGAGGCACUGUUACACCCCUGCCAAAUGUCUUCCCAGGCUCACAAAAGCAUGUUUUGUGUUUGGCAGUACUAAUCUUGUAUGGCAUUUAGGUAAGUUCUAAACGUUCAGUAAACGAUGCUUUUAACCCAGGCCAAAUUCUGCCCUCACAUACGUGUCUCCGAUUCUUAGUGCAUUGGUUCUAAAGGAACUUACACUUGGGUGUCUUGGGAUGGUUUCUAGUCCUCCGUGCAGGAAYAAGUGGGACCAGUGACUGUAUCCUCAUGGGAUUAGAACAAAUGUACUGCAGAUUGAAGGCAAUGAACUGAAAGAGCGGUUUUUGUGAGGUCUUGCUUUGCACUUUGCAGGCAUUUCAUAGAAGGAAAGCUGUUAACUCGCUGGUGUCUUGAACAAAGACAUCAGAGAAAGGAGAAAGGCUUCCCGUGCUGGCAGGACUUGCCUCYUUCUCAAGCACAACAAAUCCUAAAUGUAGAAGAAACAAAAUCAGCAACAGCAAAGGAGUUGAUUUUAACCAUUUUCCAACCAAAACUACUUUCAAAAAGUAUAAGAGAGCAGUACAGAUCCAGAACUGCUUUAUGUGGGCCUGACAAUAACAGUAGUGCUAAGAUACCUUUGUAAAUCUGCAAGUGUUGAAAUUCAGCCAGAAGUGGAUUAUUUAAACAUUAUGUUUAGAAUAUUUUUGUUGUUGCUUAUUUGUUCUAUAAACUACCAACGAUGUAAAGAUUAAAAAAUAAAAAGGAGCCUCGAUGCAUAGUGUGAAACUGUGCCUAGGAAGUAAAGAACUCCCUGUUCGGGGACUUGCCUUAAACUGUCCAGUCUUUGCUUUUGCUUUGCCAGUGCUAUUGAGGAUCUGUCCCACCUCAAGCAGUUCAGCGUGCUGAAGCCACUUGUAUUAGUAAGUUUACUUACUACAGAAGCUGUAUUUCUUUUUUGAUGACCUGCUUCUCCAUCUYUUUGUAACAGUUUGUGCUGUUUCCAGCUUCAUUAAGUUUUACACCGUUGGGUGGGUGAACUUACUAAGGGAUCCAUUUAUUAGAUAUAAGCCUGCAAAUGAAACUGCAAUGUUACCUAAUCCGUUCACUUUGCUUGGGGAGAUGGUGUGUGGUGCUGGAGAAUUUCUAGGUGGCCACAUCCAAUGAAGUUGCAGCCAAAUGAACAAAACUGUCUCGUAUACAUGAGGGAAAAGUUGGAAGUUCCACAAGGAUCUU